CUUCAAUCGUUUAUACAUUCAUCGUAGAAGCAUUAGAUAUUUAUUGCAAUUCUCGAAUGUCCAGAAAGUUGCUUUUCUUGUCGAUGCAGCAUUUUGCGGGUGCAUGCCACGUAAUUAAUAAUAAAAAUUAUUAGAAUUAUAUCUAAAUUCUUGCCUUGUGUUUUGACAGCUUACCUAACUGAAGACUAAAUUUCAUUUGAUUAUUGAUAAGAUAUUCAUUGAAUUAACCAGGAAGUAACAAUUAAUGUAUCUAGUUUUCACUUGUAUAAAUUGACCUUUAAGGCCCUGAAUUGAAAAUUAUAGUGUCAUACACAGAACAAUGAAGAUAAAAAAGCAUGGUAGAACUGAUUUCUUAUCCCUUCUCAGAACGACAUAGUAGCGCGCGAAUUGAGGGCCUAAGUCUGUCAAAUUUUGAUCAGCUGAUGUCACCAGCUAUGAAAAUUCAAGAUAUUCGGGUUUUUGUUGCAACAUGGAAUGUUGGAGGGAAGAGUCCUAGCCAUGGACUCAAUCUUGAGGAUUUCUUGCAGGUGGAAGACUCUUCAGACAUAUAUGUAUUGGGGUUCCAAGAAAUUGUUCCCUUAAGUGCUGGAAAUGUUUUAGGAUCAGAAGACAAUGAACCAGCAGCAAAAUGGCUAGGCCUAAUAAGCCACGCACUCAACAAUCCCUACCAUGAUUCCAUGCAUUCUUCUGAUUCAAGCCCCAAUUCAAAACACUCCAAAUUCAACAACGCUUUUCAUAAGCAAUCUUUAAAAACACUCAGCAAGAAGCUUAGAGCUUAUAAUCAUCUCCUUAAAGACUGCAACUGUUCAUGGGACAAUCCAAUGUCCAAUAAAAGGAAAGAAAGAAAAUAUGGCGACCCUUGUGCUUCACCUUUUAGUGAUGGUGAUCCAAGUAUAGAUGAAUUCCUGUCGAUAACAGGAAUUUCAUUGCCUAAACGUUUGAACUAUCGUCUGAUUGCAAGCAAGCAAAUGGUUGGAAUUUUUGUUUCAAUAUGGGCUCAAAGGGAUUUAGUUAAAGACAUUGGCCAUAUCAGGAUUUCUUGUAUGGGAAGAGGAAUCAUGGGCUGUCUUGGAAACAAG